AUGACUGUAGCACUUUCCAAACGUUUCUUCAGUCCAACUUGUUCUGGGACAAAAAACAGCUACUCGGAAAGCGGUCGACAGGAUAAACUCGAUGCAUACCACUAUUUUCAGAAAAUUUAUGAGAACUGUAGCGUCGUCUAUCAAAACGUUGAAAUCACUAAUUACUCCGAUGAACGGGAAAUCGAUUUCCUUGAUGAUAUCGUUGAGGUCAAAGGCUACAUCCUUAUUUACAACAAUAAUCGUCUCAAAAGAAUCAGCAUGCGAAAUUUGGAGAUUGUUUGGGGUGAAAGCCUGCAUCGACCGGGAAUCAACGAUAUGGCUAUUGAGAUUGUCCACAAUCCGAUGCUCGAACAAGUGAAUAUGCCGAAUUUAAGAGGAGUCAUCAACGGAAAUGUGGGAAUUGGGCAGAAUCGAGACUUCUGCUAUGCGAAUUCGAUUCAUUGGGAAGAGAUCCUUGAACCAACAACGAAAAAGAACGGAUCAUCUCGAGCUCAGCUGUCCGAAAAUGGAGGAAAAGCGUGCGCCAAAGAGAAACUCGCAUGUCAUCCAAGUUGUGAAUCGGGAUGCUAUGGACCAGAGGCCGCUAAUUGUCAGCAAGUGGUUCGCUCAAAAUGCACGAAGGCUUGCCAAAAGAACGCGAACGCUUGCUACCUCGAGAGGGAUCAAAUCACGAAUGCCACCAGUUACGAAUGCUGUGACGCCGAGUGCGCCGCCGGGUGCCAUGGACCGACUUCAAGGGAUUGCUAUGGUUGCAAGAACUACCGAGACGAGGACACGAAACGCUGCGUCGAGCACUGUGCGCCAUUGUAUCGGCUAGACCCACUCUCAACGACGCGUACUCGGAAUCCGCUUGGUCGCUUUACGCAUGCGAAAAGCUGUCUACAAGAGUGUCCCGUGGGUACCCUUAUCGAGGGAGCGUACUGUGUCCUCCGUUGCAGUGAGGGUCAUUUUCAUGAUGCCCGUUUGGGAACUCGAGAGUGCAAACCAUGUCAAGGAACUUGUCCGAAAUCUUGUCGUCUUGAAGAGGAGAUCAACUCCGAGAACAUCGAGCAACUUCAGAAUUGCACUGAAAUCGACGGUUUCAUCAAAUUACAACCCCAUCUUUUCAGCGAUCAUUACAUCGAUGCAAAGUCGAAACGAAUGCGUAAAGGGCUCCGACUCGAGAAAUUGGACUACUUGAAGACUGUUCGACAAAUCACGCAAUACGUUGAAGUGGUCGGCUUGGGCUCUCUCAGCUCGCUUGGCUUUCUCGAAAGCGUUGAAGUGAUCGAAGGACGGAAAUUAGCAUCGGAAAAAUAUGCGCUCUUGGUCUCAGGCAAUCUCAAUCUUCGAUCGGUCGAUAUGAAAAACUUACAUCAGAUCCGCCGCGGUGAAGUUCUCGUUAAGGACAACUCGCUUCUCUGUUUCCUUGAAAAUCGCACUUUUACCGGGAUCACCGAUCGAAAUUCGAGCACAAGAGUGCAAGGUCUGUGGGAUGCGUGUGUUGGGCGUCAACUUGUUUGUGAUGUGAAUUGUGAUCCAGCAUUUGGUUGUUGGGGUGCUGGGGCGGCGAUGUGUCGAAAAUGUCUUCAAUGGAGUCAAGAGGGGAGAUGUGUUCAGAAAUGUUCGACGAUUGGCUAUCGAGAAGUGCACCGUCCGAGCAAGAAAGGUUUCCAAGAACAAGUCUGUGAGAAGUGCUCAGAUCAAUGUCUUCAAUGCAACGGACCUGGAGAAGGAGAUUGUUUGGAGUGCCGAAAUGUGAGAUUGGUAAAAGAUGGGAAGUUGAAAUGUCUGGCCGAGUGUCCAAUUGGUUACUAUCGAUUGGGGAACGAAUGUCUCAAAUGUCAUCAAAGCUGUUACGACAAUGGAUGCACAGGUUCAAGCGAUAUUAUCGGGGCACAAGGAUGCAACAAUUGCUCGAUCUAUGUGGAGAUUGGGGAUGCGACUCAUCACCAGUACAAAUGUCUUUACGUGGACCGCGCCGAGCACCAUGAUUCGCAAGCGUGCGAGCUGAACGGUUUCGAGAAAUAUUUUGCCUAUCCAGAAGGGUCAAGAAUUCAAUGUAAACGAUGUGCGCCUGAGUGUAAACGCUGUAAAACGGGCGGCACCUCGGUGCAAGAGUCAAGAUGUGAAUGCCUUCAUAUGAGCAUCCCAGUGGAACCAGGCUCGAACGAUCGAGAGUGUGUGACGGAUUGCGGAACCCGUGGUUUCCCCAUCGAAGUUGACAUUGGUGAGCGAAAUGUGACGCAAUGCGAGCUGUGCCAUUCGUUUUGUGAGGGUGGCUGCAGAGGGCCGACGAAUCUCGACUGUAAUAAGUGCAAAAACGCGACAAUUCUGCACUCGAAUGGAACAAGGACGUGCUUGAGCGAGUGUGAUUCCGAGCAUCCACACUAUGAAAAGCAUUCGAAAUUCUGUCGCACGAAAGAGUGGGUGCUGUGGAGGAAAGCAAUCAUCGUCAUUGUCAUCGGGGCAAUCAUCCUCGCACUCAUUGGCGUUUUCUUUGUCUGUUGGAAAUGUCGAUACUACAAGAAUAAAUAUACCGAAGAGAAAAUCGUGAAUGGACCCGAUUUGCCGGAAGAGAUUCCAUUUGACCCGAUGGCCCGUCCGAACAUGAAUCAUUUCAAUGUGAUCACCGCUGACGAAUUAACGAAACAAGGCAAAGUGCUGGGUGAAGGAGCUUUUGGAAUUGUGUAUGCGGGCUACUACCGAAAGUGCAACCGGAAAUUCCCGGUGGCCAUAAAAGUGAUCAAGAGUGUGAAAGGGAUGACGAGCCAUGAAAAUAGCACUGAGCAAUCGGAAAUGAUGGACGAAGCGACCAAGAUGGCCUCUCUCCGCCAUGCACAUCUCAUUCGCUUCCUGGGAAUCUGCUUUGCUGACAAUACUGUUCAGCUAGUCACUUGGCUUCGUCCACUCGGCAAUCUCCUUGGAUUCCUGAAAAAACAUCGAAUGAAUCUUACCGGGAAAAAUCUACUUGUCUACUGCUAUCAAAUCUCAUCAGCAAUGAAAUAUUUAUAUGAACAACGAAUCGUUCACAGAGAUCUCGCUGCAAGGAAUGUUCUUGUUAAAUCUGUUGAUUUUGUUGAGGUAACAGAUUUUGGCCUAGCUAAACUCAUCGAUCCGGGCAACUCGGAGGUGCACGUGAAAUCGGGAAAGGUGCCGGUGAAAUGGUUGGCGCCGGAGUGUCUCGAGAAAUCGAUCUAUACCCAUUCAUCGGAUGUUUGGGCUUUUGGCGUGACAUGCUGGGAGAUUCUCACCUAUGGACAUAGUCCAUAUCAAGGAAUGGAUGUCCACUCGAUUCUUGACUAUCUCACCAUCAAAGGACAACGAUUGGCUCAACCGUCGAAUUGCUCUGUCGAUCUCUAUGGAGUUCUGCUACGAUGCUGGGUCUCGAAUCCGGAUUCUCGGCCAACUUUUGUCACCCUUAAAGAUGACUUCUUUCGUUUCUGCCGAGCGCCACAUUUAUAUGUGUCGGGUGCUCACUCAGUGAACACAGUGGUUCCCCAGUCACAGAAUGAGCUCUUGCAAGAGAUUCUCGAGGAAACCGACACUGAUUUCCAGUGCGAAGACCCGUUGGACUACGAGGACACGAAUGGAGGCGGAUCGAUAAUGAGUGGGUCACGUUUGACCCGGCUCACAUCAACAGCAAGUACAAGAUACCGCGGGGAUCCGAUGGAUCUCUUCCACGACGAUCUUCCGCCAACACCCACCACACCGAGACAAGAAAUGCUUUUGGAGGAUAGUAACUAUUUGGUGCCAAAUGCGAAGCUCCCCUCUCCAGGCAGUGGUGUCCUCUACACAACCGUUGUCAAAGAUAAUGGAGAGACACAGCUCCUGCAAACCAAACCUGGAGACGGCUACUAUAAUGAAUUGGUGCCCGGUGGGGAUUACUAUAACGAGACUCAAUCCAAGCGCGCCCUUUUGACGCCAAUUGAGGAAUUAGAGAACUCCGGCGGGGGGAAAGAAGUCGAAAGUGUUUUG